AGCAACCUAUGUGUUUCCAUGGACACAGAGCAUGGGAGGAAUGCUCGGAGGCCCAGCGCGUCAGGUGCUCCUCCCUCCAGGGAGUUUUAGUUGCUCAAAGUCUUCAAAACCCACAUCCAGGAUAUACCUGUGUACAGUGAUGAGGAAGUUUGAUGCAGAGGUGUGGUUUACAGGUGAAAAUUCAGGAAAGGCCAGUUUCCUGAUAGCCACAAGUGAGGUAGAUCCCUCCCCCUUGCCACUUGUCUCUGGAUGCACAGUCUCUGAACUCUCAGACGAUUCUAUUUCAACCUCGAUCAUCUCACCCGAACCCAGCAAGCAGCACUCAGGUAGAACAACCCAACAUGAAUUUGCCACUGGGCAUCACACUUACACUCCUCUUGAUACUUCAGACAUUCCAACAAGUGUCCACCCAGAUACCUGAUGAAUGGAAAAGAGAUAAUACGGCUAUGGACAUCAACGAAACACAGUCAUCUAGUGAGAAACCUUCUGUUUCAAUAGGAGAAAGUGCGGAGAAUUCCAAAGCCAAAUCAGAGGGAAGUUCAGAAGAGAAAGGAGAAUCAUUUGGCUCAUUUAUUUUUACUGAAGGAGACGGACAGAAGCAGAAUUCCACAACACUGUAUCAAAUCCCUGAUCACAAGGAUAAUGACACAGAAGAAGCCAGUUCUGGCGGACCCAUUGCUACAACGCCACCUCCUAUGAUUGCACUUAAUUCUAGUCCUGACCCCUCAGAUACUUCAACAGAUUCCAGUGAAACACAUACAGAGGAGACAGCCACAAAUACCACCACACCAGAGCCGGAGCACACAAAUCAAUCUGCUCUUAAUGACACAUAUACCAGUCCAAAACCUGAGACGAACACAACAGAGAGCAGCCUUGACGAAUCGGGUUCUGGAUAUUUGCCCUCAGAUGAUGUGCCCACCAACAGCACUACUAAGAGUCCGGCCACCACAACAAAAGAUGAGAGCAUCCAGUACAAAACUACAGUGAGUCCAACUGAACCACCAGUAUACGGAACAACAACACCAGAGAUUCCACCUCCCAUCCCUGAGGACACCACUACACCUGCCCCAGAGAGUGAGGACACAGGAGCAGACCCAACCGGAUCUUUUGACAACAAAGAUAAUUCUGAAAGAGGUUUAUCCUCAGAUGUUACAGAUGCUACUGAAAACAGGAAAGGACAGGCAUGGGCUAUAGUCCUAGCUGUUGGGAUUGUAGUGGGGAUCAUUGCCUUGGCAGCAUUUAUCAUCCUGAAUCGAAGGAACAGAAGAGACUUUUCACACAGAAAACUGGUGGAAGAGACGUCACCUGAUCCAGUUCUCCGACUGGAUAACAGUGAGCCACUAGACCUGAAGUUUGAUGGAUUUGGUUACUACAAUCCAGGACUACAAGGAGAUAACAUCCAGAUGACCAACUUUCCACAGGGACGGUCACAAUGAGAACAAAUCUGUGAUGCCAAAGACUCUUUAUUUAGCUAAUGUUGCACCCAUGUGAAGACAAAAGGAUGUAAUUAAGAAAUUAUUGUCAUUUUUAAAGUGAUUUGCCAAAUCAAUCUCAAGGCAAUUUUACAUAACUGAACAAUUAAAAAUGUUUUUAAUUUUAAGUAGUGUCUUUUGUUGGGAUGUUUUAGACUAUUUAAAAUAACCAAAAUAUGAAGAAUAUUUCCAUACUUGGCUUUGUUGGGAUUGCAAAGCACUGGAUUGUAUGUCUGCUUCUUUUUAAGUGUUCUUUGUUCUUCUUCAGAUCAACGAGACUGUUUACUUGACAAAUAAUUAUUGUAUCAUGUCAAAACCAAACCUAAUUUCUGAAUGUUGCUAAGAUAGUGUGAAAUGACCAGCAUUAUGACACAAUUUCUCUAUGCACACUAUGUUUUGUCUAAAAUAUUAUGUCAGUGAACUGGGGGAAGUAUUUUCUGACACAGGUCUAAUAGCCUACCUUUCUUCUGAGCCUAUUAUUUAAAGAAUGUUUUAGUUUACAGUAGCUUAAAUGUUAAAAAAUAAAUAAAUCAAGAAUUAACAUGACAGUAGGUUUUCAGAAUAUUAUAAAUAAUAAAAAUGAUUCAAAAUAAUAAUAA